CCCAGGCCCAGUCGUUGCGAGGAGCUGCCAUGAACAUCAAGGUCAAGACGCUGACAGGUAAGGAGAUUGAGAUUGACAUCGAGACGGAUGACACCAUCUCGAGGAUCAAGGAGCGCGUCGAGGAGAAGGAGGGCAUCCCUCCCCCGCAGCAGCGCCUCAUCUUUGGAGGCAAGCAGAUGAACGACGACAAGAAGGCGGGCGGCGCCCCUAAACUCGCACCUCCCCGCCACCCCACCCACGCGCCGGCGCAGACUUAUACACGGCUCACCUUCCUCAGUGAGCCCGCCAUCCGCGCCGCACCCGCACCCUCCUACCCGUCUGCGAGCGAGUACAACAUCGAGGGCGGCUCCGUCCUCCACCUCGUGCUUGCGCUGCGCGGCGGGCGGGGCCACUGAGCGGAGCCACUCAACGUACCCCCCCGCCCCCCCUUUGGACUAUGGACCCUCCCUUUCCCGCACCCAUUCCCAUGGCGCAUGGGCCCCUGGUACGUGGGCGUCGAGUCGGCGCGCGGGGCGCACGCCUCGCCGCAGGCCAUCCGGGCCGCCCGCCAUCGUUGGCUGACGGGCGGCGGCGGCCGCGCUGUCCGCGCCCCCCCUUGUUGUGAGUUGAGUGUUUUAUGGCGUAUGCGGCCGCAGCCCCUGGGCGGAGUACACAGCGGCGGGGGAGAGCUAUGCGGCAGGGCGUGGGGUGGGAGUAUAUUACGGGUAUUGAAUGAAAAAGAACUCUCGUGGUUGC